GUACCUAAUCAUUCUUCAGUAUAUAUAUAUAAUAAUUAAAACAAUCGGUUCGCCAAGAUAAUCUAGUCGCGAUAAGGGUUUGCUCGUGCGCCGAUCGCGCAGUGCGUGGUUUGCCACUAUCCACGAUGUAAUGCUGGCGUGCUCACCUUGAACCGACUGUUGAUAUUGCGAACAUGGUGCUGUGUCCCCCGUUCAGGUGGUCAUCCAAAGGCGGCUUUAACCUGAGCAACGCUGCACCGGCCGAGCCAGACGAGCGACGUGGGACUAUCAAAUUAAGUGACAAUGUCGAUGUGCCAAUGCCAACCGUUAACGGCAACGUCCCAAAUGGCACUGCGGAGCAUCCACCACAACAAGAGGAAGUCCAACAGCAGGAGCCAGGGACGUCCUCCAAGAAGUCCACCACAAGUUACAUGAGCAUACAAAGCGGGAGGACCACCUAUAGCAGGGAUUCAGAUUUCGAAAUAAAUAGUAGAAGUAAUAGUAGCACAGAUAUGAAAACUGUAUCGGAUUUCAUAACCAGACCAGCGCUUGCUGAACCGCAGCGCAUUGAGCGCAAGAGAGGCAUCAUCGCGCCGCACGCACCGCUCGACACGUCGCGCGCCAGUGUUGACCUGCAAUACAUGAAAUAUGAAAAGGAUGAAAAAUCUGCCGAACAAAUAAAAAAAGCAAUAAUGGCCAAUGACUUCCUAAAGAACUUGAUGGACGAAGAACUAUUAACGAUGGUCGUUGAAGCUAUGAGCCCACAGGUGUUCCAGGCCGUGAGUCUAAUAAUCCGAGAGGGCGAGUCGGGGAGUCACCUAUACGUGUCUGCCGAAGGACAGUUCGAGGUUCUAAAAGGCGGACAGGUUGUGAAGAACUUUGGACCUGGAGAAGCGUUCGGAGAACUCGCUAUCUUGUAUAAAGCUAAACGAUUUGCGUCGAUACGAUGUAUAACAGAAGCCAAAGUAUGGACGCUGGAGCGGCGUGUAUUCCAAAAGAUCAUGGUGGGCAGCGGGCGGCGCGAGCAGGAGUACAACAUGCGCUUCCUGGCCUCCGUGCCGCUGCUGCAGGGGAUACACCCCAUCGAACUCGCCAAGAUCUCAGACUUCCUCAAAAGGGAGUUCUUCUCAGCGGGCACGGCGGUCGUGCGGCAAGGCGAACGGGGUGACAAGUUCUACAUCAUACGCGGCGGCACCGUGGCAGUGACGAAGCGCGAGGGCGAGGGCCCCGACCGGCGCGUGGGCACGUUGCGCCGCGGCGAUUACUUCGGCGAGCAGGCGCUGCUGCAUGAGGACCGUCGGCUCGCCACUGUCACCGCCGAGCCGCCCGGAGUUGAGUGUAUCACACUAGAGCGAGGGCCCUUUACGGAACUCCUCGGCAACUUAGACGAAUUAAAGAAUAUCAGGCAUUCCAUCCCUCCGCCACUGGAGCAAAGGAAAUCAUCUCAAGUUAAGAGCGAAUUUGAAUACGUGGAGCUGAAAGAGCUUGAGAUCGUGGGCACGAUGGGCGUGGGCGGGUUCGGGCGCGUGGAGCUGGUGCAGUACAAGCGCGACCCGAAGCUGACGUUCGCGCUCAAGUGCCUGAAGAAGGUGGACAUGGUGCAGCAGCAGCAACAGGUGCACGCCUACAACGAGAAGAACAUCAUGAUGGUCUGCAACAGCCCCUUCAUUUGCAGGUUAUACCGCACAUUCAAAGACAACAAGUACAUCUACUUCCUCAUGGAGCCGAUCCUCGGCGGCGAGGUGUGGACCAUCCUGCAGAAGCAGCGCUUCUUCCCGGAGGCCACCGCGCGGUUCAUGGCGGCUUGCGUCGUCGAGGCCUUCCAGUACCUGCACUCCAAGGAUAUCGUCUAUCGGGACUUGAAGCCGGAGAAUCUUAUGCUUGAUAGACUGGGGUAUAUUAAAUUGGUCGACUUCGGAUUUGCGAAGCAACUUGACCCAAAUAUCAAGACGUACACUUUUGCUGGCACACCCGAAUACGUUGCUCCAGAGAUAGUGCUAAAUAAGGGCCACGACCGCGCCGUGGACUGCUGGGCCUUAGGCGUGUUCAUCUACGAGCUGCUGGUCGGCAAGCCGCCGUUCCGCGCCGCCGGCAGCGACCACAUGAAGACGUACACGCUGAUCCUGCGCGGCAUUGACGCCGUACCCUUUCACCCGCGCGUGCCCAAGUCCGCGCAGAUGCUGGUGCGCAAGCUGUGCCGCGCCGUGCCGGCCGAGCGGCUUGGCUACUUGAAGAAGAUGAUGGACGUUAAGAAUCACAAGUGGUUCCUCGGGUUCGACUGGGAGGCGCUGCGCGAGCGCAAGCUGAAGGCGCCGCUCGUGCAGCGCGUCGCAAGCCCCACCGACCUCUCCAACUUCGACAAGUACCCCAAGGAGAAACUACCUCCGGACGAAACUUCCGGCUGGGACCUUGAGUUCUAAUAGAACAAACUGUUUCUAAUGUGUGAAUAUAGUUAUUUGUUAU